CGAAACGUCAGUUUGUUGUGGACCAGCUGGCUAAGUUCAUAAACUAGCUGGCUACUGAUGGCUACACAUAUUUGCUUAAGGUCCCUGAGACGACAUGAAAACGGGCCGAAAACGCAAGUCCAGCUCCCCAGAGCCUCGACCUGAACAUGCAAAAGUUCUCAAGAGGGAUGCUGUCUCUGGAUACCUUGGCACCUGCAGACUGACACUCAGUCCAUCUAAAAGGAUCUCCACUCCCACUAAAAACAAGUCUCAGAAUUCAUUAUCUCCUAGAAAGCAUUCUAGAUUUAAGAAUCACUGUGACAAACCAGGUUUUGCUGAUGGGGUGAAUGGUGAGGUGCAGUCUUCCAGCAGUGCUAUGUCAUCCCCCUUUCAGUCAGAGGAGGACACAGAACUGGGACUGGUCAUCACACUGGAUGAAGAGAGAGGUGAGGAGCAGGAGCGCGUGAGGAGGAGGAGUGGAGGGAAGCCGAAGAAAGCAGUCGUAGCAAACGACAAUGACGACUGUCCGAUGGCAGAUAGUGAGAGGCCUGGUGGGGACUCUGCUCCGGAGGACGACAGCGAGGAGGAGGAGUUCACAAAACUGGACCGAGACUUGACUAUCAAGUCCAGACAACACAACCUGACCUCAGUUGACGUACGCAAGAUCAUUCAUGAAGUUAUCACCAAUGAACAUGUAGUGGCCAUGAUGAAAGCAGCCAUUAAGGACACUCAGGACAUGCCUAUGUUUGAGCCCAAGAUGACGCGUUCAAAGCUUAAAGAGGUUGUAGAGAGAGGGGUGGGAAUUCCUACCUGGAACAUCUCUCCUAUCAAGAAAUCAAAAGAAAUUAAGCCCCCACAGUUUUUAGACAUUCCCCUUGAAGAUGAAGAAGACUCCUCUGAUGAAGAGUAUCACCCUGAUGAGGAUGAAGAGGAUGAGACUGCAGAGGAGACUAUUCUGGAGAGUGAUUUGGACAGCACAGCAUCUUCACCACGCAUCAGUAGACGAGGUCACUCUCGCACACCCGUGGAUCUGUCGGAGUGUGAGGAAGACAGGAACAGCGUUACUCAGCUGUCCAGGACAUCGAGACAUCUGAGAGUAGAAGCAGUGCCUAUGGGUCCCCCUGCCCCUCCCUCCCAGACCUGUGGCUCCUCCCGGCCCCAGAGAGCCCUCGACUCCUUCAUGGAGAAGCUGCAUGCAGUGGAUGAGGAGUUGGAGCUCAGUCCCCUGUGCAUGGAGCCUUACCAGACUCUGAGCAGCAGUGAGAAUGCAGAGGAGAGCCUGGUGGCAUGCCGCACGCGGUCCAAGCGUCCACUGAGGGACGUGCCGCUGGACCAGCUGGAGGCCAAGCUGCGUGCGCCUGACAUCACCCCGGACAUGUAUGACUGCAUCUCAGCCCUGGAGGACAGAGAAUGGAGUCAGUGGCUCCAGGGCCUCAUGACCUCGCAGCUGGACAAUGAAGAGGAGGGUGACGACGAUGACGAUCCUGAAUAUAACUUCCUGGAGGAUCUAGAUGAGCCAGAUUUGGAGGACUACCGCAACGAUCGAGCAGUUCGCAUCACUAAGAAGGAAGUUAAUGAGCUUAUGGAGGAACUGUUUGAGACGUUCCAGGAUGAAUUGGGCAUGAACGAGCAUGAUGAAGAGGGUCACGAGGAAGAGGAGGAGCGGGAUGAAGAGGCAGCAUCACAGAACAUUGCAAAAUUCAACGUCCCCCAGGCCAUUCGAUUUGAGGAGCCUCUGGCCCACAUGCUGACCGCAUGCAGGCGGACCGUCCGUGAGCAGCUCGACGCCCUCCAGCAGCGGCGUGAGCCCCAGAGCCGGAUGAGCCCCAUCACCCUGGGGCCCACUGUGGUGAUUCUCCCAUCCCCCUGCUCCCUGGUGCUGUCGACUAGCCAGAAACGGCGGCUUCAGCAGCAAAUCCAACAGCACAUACAGCUGCUGACGCAGGUGAACAUGCUGUGUAGCCCUGUGGAAGCACUGCAUAGCCAGGCCAGCACCACCAAGCUUUUCCUGGUGGAGCUGAAGUUGUUUGCAGAGCGAGCAGAGCAGCUCAGGGUGGGGGUUGUAUCUGAGUUCAGGAGUGUGUUCAGAGUGUAUAACCUGCAGGCAUCUCUGGACCUUCUUGAGGAGCUGGAGCAAAUGCCUCCUCCACCCACCCCUUCAGCCAAACGAUCACACCCUGUGCAUCCCUACCCGCUGCUGCCAGCUCACCUGGCCUGGCUGUUCGCCACACGUUCUGUGUUCCUCUACCCAGAGCUACUGCCUCACUGCAGCCUGGACCCAGCCCUGCAACCCCCCCGCAGCAAGCACUUCUACACAAAGGGCGAGGAUGGUCUGAUUGUUCUGGGUCUGAAACACUUCAGUGAAACAGAGUUCCCCUACCAUUUAAUGAGUCAGCAUCUCCUCCAGCCCAAGAAGCGUGAACAGCUGCGGGUUCGUGUGAAGGACAUGUGUUCGAGCAGGGCUGCCGACAAUGUCAUCAAGUUUUACUGCCAACACCGGGUUGUUCCAGCUCUACCAGUGGCUUGCUGUCAAGUUUUACCCGGAGAAGAGCGCCCCCCAGUGGAGAGAGAGAAGAACAUCAUGCCCAACUGGCUACGGAAAAGUUUGCCGCACAUCCAUAAAGCAGUGUUUGAGAACCAAUCAGAAGUGCGACCACCAUAUGAUACAAGGACAUCACCUACUUCACCCACCUUCAUUUUCCCAGAGAAAACACAGUACCCACCAUCCCUUCCUAAAGGUCUCACCCUACUACUACAUCCUUCAUCCAGACGUCAGAAUUCUGUCCAGCCUCCUAAACCGCGCCCUCUUCGUGGUUUCUCCUGUCCUGUUCUUACCCCAUUGGCUAAAGCCUCUCCAGGCCCUACAGGUAUAGUUAAUGUAUUGCCCAAAGUACAGGCACCUCUCUCCUCUCAAAGAGUAAUCCUGCUGACCCAGGUUGAUGCCACACCUGCCCAUGGAACAGUGCCAUUAAGCAGUGUUGGUCCCAUCAACUUCCAAUAUGUUGUUCCGCAGUUAGGGAGUGUUAAUCCUGCACAGCCUCCUGUGAGCUUGCCUCCGGAUGUAGUGCAGGUACCCCCAGCUCCAGCUGUUCCCAGUGAUGGGCUAGUUACCACAUGUGUAAUGCAAGCUCCACAGAAGAAAGCAGGGGUGUCUAAGAAACCAGUCAUGCCUAAAAAGCUGCUUCCCAUUCAGCCUUUGCCCUUGAAUCCAGCCCCUCAGCUCUCCCAGCUCAUACCCCUCAUCCCUGGGCCUACAGUUAAUGUGAACCUGGCUAACACUGGACCAGCCAUGGACCAGGUCACAGCUGCAAGCUUUGCCAAAAAUAUCUCAAAUGCUGCUUCAUCUGUGGUCAUCAUCCAGCCUGCUUCCCCCUUUCUGGACGCCACUGGUGUACCUCCACAUGGAUUGGUCAAAGCCUCCACCGCUCCUCCCCCUCAACUCUCAAUCACUCAACCAAUCAGCAGUCUCCCUCACCUAGGAACCUUGGCCAGACCACUGUUGCUGGGCAACAAUGUUGGAAUCUCAAGCCAUGAUGUUCCUAAGGAACCAGAAGAGACUGAAUUUAAAUUGAAAUCUAGUCCUGUGUUUUUCUCACAUACUCCCUCUCCUCCACUCCAAGCUACUGUCAAACUGAAAUCAAUCCUUGCCACACCAACCGUAAAACAGAAGGAACACUCCUGGCAGGGUGAGAUGAGGACUGAACUUGUAUGUAAUUUGCCAGUGGCAAAUUACCAAACUACUCCCUCACUGAACACUCUGAGUAAUGGCCUAAGCAUUGUGAAUGUCAACUCAAGGUCACUAUUGCCUGGAAACAGCAGUACUGGAUCUGCACAAUGUGCCAUGAACCCUCAAACCCCUUCAUCUCUUAUAGAUUCGCCAGCAGAUGAUUCCCACUGUGUGCUAGUUCAGGCAGCUUUACCGGGAGGCACACCCCAACUCCUGGUGCCCCAAAACAGCUUGAUUCCAGAGCAGCCUCUGCUACAGCAAGUCGGGGCCACAAGUGGAGCACCUCAACAUCAAACUGCACUAACCAAACCUGAGACUUUUCACAGGUCAAACAUGUCAAAUAUGAGAGAAGGAGCUUUGUCGAGCCGUGGUGUUGGACUGUCUUCAGAGGGUGCAGUUAGCAGAGUAACUGCUCAACUAAACCUGCACGGCUUGGGUGGUGAAGUCUGUAUAGAGGAGGUGGAGUCAGGAGCAGAGAUGGCUGGGGAGGAAAUGGCGGGCGCACUUUUUGCCAGCCCUCUCCUCAUGCUGUCGGAGUCCUCACGUAGUUCCAGCUCCAGCCUGAGCAGCAGCCUAACAGACAGCACAGAAGCCUUGGACAGCGUGCUGGAGGACAGCAUGGAGAACCUUGCACCUGCAGAACAGAGGGGAGGGUGGGAGGAGAGCCGCCGCCUGGCCGGGAAAGACGAAGAGAAGACUGGCAGUGGCGGAACUUCUGCUGGGGUGAGGGCAGGGCAGACUAGCAGCAGGGGUGAAGGGCGGGAGCUGCCUGGGCUGCUCACUCUUGCUUCGGGGGCCAAGAGCCAGGAACCCACUGCUGGGGGGGAGGGGCAGACCGAAGGAAACGGGGAGGACAGGGAGGACAGGGAGGGGGGAGGGGGGCACCAGAAUGGAGAGAAUGGAGGAGGUGGCGAGAGGGAGGGAAAUGGAGCGUAUAGGAGGGAGGAUGGAGAAGGGGGCGGAGAGAGAGACGGUCCCGGGCGGAGGCAGGGGAAUGAGGGCCGGGAUAAAAACGAUGAAGAGAAGGAUGGAGAUGGAGAGCGUGAGGAGGAAGAGGAAGACUUUGAUGAGCUCACGCAGGAUGAAGAUGAAGAGGAAGUGAUGUCAUCGGCAUCAGAGGAAUCUGUCCUUUCAGUGCCUGAACUGCAGGAGACAAUGGAGAAGCUGACGUGGUUGGCAUCAGAGCGGCGGUUAUGUGGUGAAGGAGAUUCAGAGGAGGAGAACUCUCCAAACUCGCCCACUUCCCCGACCUCCCCGACCUCCCCAAUCUCUCAGAACUCCCAGGAAGACAACUCUGAGGAUGAGGAGGAUGGGGCAAUGAAGGGUGAGGAACUGGAGCCUACGGAAGGAGAGGGAGGAAAACUGCCUGAAGGAGAGGCACCACCAGAGGAUGACCCUCCACAGACGAGCGGGAAAGGAACAGGACGAGGAAGAGGUCGUGGUCGCCCUCCCCCACGUAGUCUGAGACGAAGCCGCCGGCAGGAUCGGGGUAGCAAAGAUGCCUCUAAGCUCCUCCUCCUCUAUGAUGACCACAUCCUGGAUAACGAUCCAUUGAGGGAGAGCAAGGACAUUGCCUUUGCCCAGGCCUACCUCAACAGGGUGCGGGAGGCCAUGCUGGACGCUCCAGGUAAGAUGGAGGAGUUCCUGAGUCUGCUCUAUGAGUUUGAGCAGGGCGGGGAGAACCGCAGUGCUGUGGAGCUCUUCUCUCAGCUUAGACCUCUUCUCAAAGACUGGCCCGAGUUGUUGAGGGACUUUGCUGCCUUCCUCCUCCCAGAGCAGGCUCUGGAGUGUGGACUGUUUGAGGAACAGCAGGCAUUUGAGCGUAGCAGGCGGUUCCUGAGACAGCUCGAGAUCAGUUUUGGGGAGAACCCCUCGCACUACCAGAAGAUUGUGAGAGCACUGCAGGCUGGAUCUGCCCUCACCCCCACAGGUGUGGAGGAGCUUAAAGCGCAGAUGGCCACCUUGCUCAAAGGUCACACACACCUGCAGGGAGAGUUCUCGCUGUUUUUUGAUGAGAUGCGCCCGCCGCUGGCACGACCGGGGCAGUUUGAGGAGGCAUUGUGGCCUGAGGAUGGUGGGGGUGGGCCGGAGGGAGGAGAUGGAGGCAUGAACUUGGCGAGUGCUGGAGGGGUCAGCGCUGGCUUUGAAGAAGUCGCACUCCCUGAUCUGGAGGAGGAGGAGGAGACGCAGAAGAUUGCCCAGAUAACGGGCAGGAGCAGGAGAAGGAAGGAGUUGAACACGCACAGGAACUACAAGCAGGAUUGUGGUUGGCCAGAGAAGGACUGUCUCUGCCCCUGCCAUGACUGCAGUAAUGAUGCUAAGCAUCGCCGUCACAGGAGGAAAGGCUGUCCCCAUUGCCAUGGCAACAAGGGCACUGACGGCACCAAGGCACCAAAGAGUGGUGAUUCCACGUUCACAAUGUCAGAGCCUCUGCCUGAGAGAGGAGAGGAGAGGGAAGAGAGCGAAAGAGGAGGGGAGGAUGGAGGGGAAGAGAAGGAGACAGGAGUUAAAGAUGAGACGGGCAGCAGAGCCAGCAGUCCCCAUCAUGAGGCCGAGAGGCCAACAUGGGAGAGCAAUGAAGGAGACGCCUUAAAUCCCGAGGAAAAGGAUGAUGAAGAGGAUGAGGAGGAAGGCGAGAGGGAUCACUCUUCCUCCCCAAGUGGUGACAAAGUGGGGCUGGUAGCUGAGGGCACAGACUUCUCUCCUCUUCCUCAGUCUGGAGGGAGGGAGGCAGCACAGCAGAUCCGCCAGAGCCCCUCCUCUGACACACACGUGUGUGCCAAGAACAUCUCCCUCACGCCCAGCGGAGAGAGGGUCGUCCUCUGGACCAGAGAGGCAGAUCGAGUCAUUCUAACUGCGUGUCAACAGCAAGGGGCCAAUCAGGACACCUUUCAGGAUGUGUCAGCACAGCUGGGCAACAAAACUGCCAGUGAGGUUUCCAAGAGGUUUCGGGACCUGAUGCGUCUCUUCCAUACAUCAGCUCGUCAGGCCAGCUCAGAAGACGAGGCCAUUGAACAGCAGUCGGCUACUGAUGAGGAGCAGGACUGACAUAAGCUUGAUGGCAGACAGACUUGGAUAUACUCUAAGCACACCAGCUAAACUAACGGUUAAACUAUGGGAGCACGACAAACACAUGGGGUUUGCGUUGCUUCUAAAUAGCCAGAUAAAAAAAAAAAAAGUUUGACUUAAUGGCACAUGAAGGCUAUGUAAUUUUGUUUUGUAAAAACUGUAAAUCAACAUAGAGUUAACAAAAUUGAAAAAAAGGACCAAUUAAUCACCAGCAAACUGAAUGAGACUGACACCUGCUUGUACCAAACUUGAGAAACUUUUCAAAGGACAAAAUAACUGGUACUGCAAGGUGCGUCACUCACAUGCCACUAAACAAGGCCAGCCUACAUUCGCCUGUGCGUGCGCAAUGACUAGGAACGGGCGAGUCCCAGCUAUGUACAGUAUUUUUAUAUUAGUUGUGAGGGGUUGUUUUUAAUGUAUGUUUUAGCUUUUCGAAAGAAAGUAUUUGCUUGAGAAAAUUACGUUUUCUGGUUAAACAAGAUAGUGAAAUAAAACUAAUUCGUAUUUA